AUGGACAAGCUACCGCCGUCCAUGCGCAAGCGACUUUACAGCCUUCCGCAGCAGGUGGGGGCCAAGGCGUGGAUUAUGGACGAGGAAGAGGACGCAGAGGAGGAAGGUGCUGGGGAUCUCCAGGAUCCCAGCCGCAGGAGCAUCCAGCUGCGGCCGCUGCCCUCGCCCUCGGUAGCAGAAGGCGGCCCGGAGUCUCGAGGCGCGGUCCUCGGGGCGGCGGACGGCGAGGGGCCCGCCCGUGGUACGGGCAAGUCCAGUACGAACGGAGACUGUCGGCGCCUCUGCGGGAGCCUGGCCUCGCUGGGCAGCAGGGGCGGCGGCGUAGCAGGUGGCAGCAGCAGUCACGGGCACCUGCAUGAAUCCGCGGAGGAGAGGCGGCUCAUUGCUGAGGGCGACGCGUCCCCCGGCGAGGACAGGACGCCUCUGGGCCUGGCGGGAGAGCCUGAGCGCCCCUGCUCCUCCGCGAAGCCCUCAGCCUCUCCACCGCCACUCCAGCAGUCGCUGUCGCCGCAGUCAGCCUCCAUCUCCUGCGAGCAGCCUUCCGUGGACACCGCUAUCAAAGUGGAGGGAGGCACGGCCACUGGCGACCAGAUCCUCCCCGAGGCCGAGGUGCACCUGGACCAGGCUGGCUUCAUGCAGCGCCAGUUCGGGGCCAUGCUCCAGCCGGGGGUCAACAAAUUCUCCCUGAGGAUGUUUGGCAGCCAGAAAGCAGUGGAGCGGGAGCAGGAGAGAGUUAAGUCAGCUGGGUUUUGGAUUAUCCACCCCUACAGCGACUUCAGAUUCUACUGGGACUUGACCAUGUUGCUGCUGAUGGUGGGGAACCUGAUCAUCAUCCCUGUGGGCAUCACAUUCUUCAAGGAUGAGAACACCACACCCUGGAUUGUCUUCAAUGUGGUAUCAGACACAUUCUUUCUCAUCGACUUGGUCCUCAACUUCCGCACAGGUAUUGUGGUGGAAGACAACACAGAGAUCAUCCUGGACCCACAGCGGAUUAAGAUGAAGUACCUCAAAAGCUGGUUUGUGGUGGAUUUCAUCUCUUCCAUCCCUGUAGACUACAUCUUCCUCAUUGUGGAGACACGCAUUGAUUCAGAGGUCUAUAAGACAGCCCGGGCCCUGCGCAUCGUCCGCUUUACCAAGAUCCUCAGUCUCCUGCGCCUCCUGCGUCUCUCCCGCCUCAUUAGAUACAUUCACCAGUGGGAAGAGAUCUUCCACAUGACCUACGACCUGGCCAGCGCUGUGGUGCGCAUCGUGAACCUCAUCGGCAUGAUGCUCCUGUUGUGCCACUGGGACGGCUGUCUGCAGUUCCUGGUCCCCAUGCUGCAGGACUUCCCUGACGACUGCUGGGUGUCCAUCAACAGCAUGGUGAACAGCUCCUGGGGAAAGCAGUAUUCCUAUGCGCUGUUCAAGGCCAUGAGUCACAUGCUGUGCAUCGGAUAUGGACGACAGGCGCCCAUGGGCAUGUCUGAUGUGUGGCUCACCAUGCUCAGCAUGAUUGUGGGCGCCACCUGCUACGCCAUGUUCAUUGGCCAUGCCACCGCCCUCAUCCAGUCCCUGGACUCCUCCCGACGCCAGUACCAGGAGAAGUACAAGCAGGUGGAGCAGUACAUGUCCUUCCACAAGCUCCCACCCGACACUCGGCAGCGCAUCCAUGACUACUACGAGCACCGCUACCAGGGCAAGAUGUUCGACGAGGAGAGCAUCCUGGGCGAGCUCAGCGAGCCACUUCGGGAGGAGAUCAUCAACUUUAACUGCCGGAAGUUGGUGGCCUCCAUGCCACUGUUUGCCAACGCGGAUCCCAACUUCGUGACAUCCAUGCUGACUAAACUGCGCUUUGAGGUCUUCCAGCCGGGGGACUACAUCAUCCGAGAAGGCACCAUCGGCAAGAAGAUGUACUUUAUCCAACACGGAGUGGUCAGCGUGCUCACCAAGGGCAACAAGGAGACCAAGCUGGCAGAUGGCUCCUACUUUGGAGCAGAGAUCUGCCUACUGACACGGGGCAGACGCACAGCCAGUGUGCGCGCUGACACCUACUGCCGCCUGUACUCGCUGAGUGUGGACAACUUCAAUGAGGUGCUGGAGGAGUAUCCCAUGAUGCGGCGGGCCUUCGAGACUGUGGCACUGGACCGCCUGGACCGCAUUGGCAAGAAGAACUCCAUUCUUCUCCACAAAGUCCAGCAUGACCUCAACUCAGGUGUCUUCAACUACCAGGAGAAUGAGAUCAUCCAGCAGAUUGUGCAGCAUGACCGCGAGAUGGCUCACUGUGCGCACCGCAUCCAGGCUGCCACCUCCGCCACCCCGACCACCACCCCUGUCAUCUGGACCCCGCUGAUCCAGGCACCGCUGCAGGCUGCAGCAGCCACCACUUCUGUAGCCAUAGCCCUCACCCACCACCCACGUCUGCCCACUGCCAUCUUUCGCCCUCCCCCAGGCCCCAAGCUCAGCAGCCUCGAGCCCGGGCAGACACCCAGGCAUCUGAAGCGGCUGCAGUCUUUCAUCCCUUCUGCACUGGGCUCUGCCUCACCCACCAGCAGCCUAUCCCAGUUGGUUACACCAUCUUCCUCCUCCUUUCACAUCCAACAGUUGGCUGGAUUCUCCGCACCCGCUGGACUGAGCCCUCUCCUGUCUUCAUCCAGCUCUUCUCCACCUCCCAGGGUCUGUGGCUCUUCUCCAGCUCCCACACUAUCCGCCAACACAGCUUCCACCACCAUAGCCGGAUUUGGCCUCUUCCACAAAGCACUGGGUGGCUCCCUCUCCUCAUCCGACUCACCCCUGCUCACCCCACUACUGCCAGGUGCCAACUCCCCACAGGCUAACCAGCCACUACCCUCACUACCAGGGCCCCAGGGAGGCCUGGGACUCCUGGCCCAUUUCCUGCCACCCCCACCUUCAUCCAGGUCACCAUCCUCUAGUCCAGGGCAGCUUGACCAGCCUCCUGGAGAGUUGUCUUCAGGUCUGGCUGCUGGCUCACCAAGUUUGCCAGAGACACCUCCAUGGCAGCCUGAGCAGCCAUCAAUGGCAGGGGCCUCUGGGGAGGCUUCUCAUAUAGCCUUUACCCCCCAAAGAUGUCUCAGCCCUCCUGGUCACAGCCCAGCCCCCCCAAGAACUUUUCCAAAUGCUUCACCCCAGGCCUCUGGCUCCCAUGGUUCCUUGCUCCUGCCACCUGUAACCAGGUCCCCACCACUCCAGGUUCCCCAGCGCUGGGGCACACCACCUGUCUCCCCAGGCCGUCUAACCAAGGACAUCAAGCUCAUCUCAGCCUCUCAGCCGGCCCUACCCCAGGAUGGGGCACAGACCCUCCACAGAGCCUCCCCACACUUUUCUAGGGAGUCUGUGGCUGCCUUCCCACUUUUCCCUAGAACUGGGGGCUGCAGUGGGGGCCUUGAUCCCCCUAGGAGGCCCUAUGGUGCCGCCUCAGGGCAUCAUGUAAAUCUGCCUCAGAAGACAUCCUCAGGUUCUUUGCCACCCCCUCUUUGUUUGUUUGGGGCAAGAGCCGCCUAUUCUGGGGAGUCCCCUCUGACUGCUGCUUCCCAGAGGGAACCUGGGCCCAGGGCUGAGCCAGUGCGAUCCAAACUGCCGUCCAAUCUAUGA